GCUCAUUAACCGCGGAGCCCUGCCUCCCUGUGCAGCACGGUAUUGUAAUGAGGGAGGGGGGAUGUCCAGCACUGCCCUGACACAAGCGCUCGGCUCCCAGUGCUAGCUGCUGGAGAGCUCGGAGUCCUCCAUGUAGCACGGGAAGCAUUACCAGAAGGUCCAGCUGCAGAAGUCCCUUGGAAUAUGUCUGCAGCCAGAGCCCGGGCAGGCAGGCCAAUGUCAUAGGUCUGGGCACAGCCCUGCAUCAUGGGGAACCAGCCGGCCAAACCUGAGGAGCAGGAGCAAGGGCUGUCAGCAACUAGAAAGACUGGUAUACCAACUCCUCGAGAACUACCUACCCAAAUAGCAAGAGACAGAACAAGUUUGCGUGCUCAGAACCUUGCAGCUAAAAAAACACUACCAAGUCCUACAUCUCCUGGCACUCCUACACCUAAAAGUAUCCGCGCACCUUCAAAACCUAAACAAGAAAAUGAGUCCCACAACAAAUCUGCAUUGGAACUGCAGGUUAAGGAGCUCUUGGCUGAAGCAAAAUCAAAGGAUUUUGAAAUCAGCAAACUACAAUGUGAGCUGCAGAAAUGCAAAGACAAAGAAAGUUCUAGUCCUGAGAUCAUGAACCUGCUGGACACCUCAGUGGAAAUGCAUCUAAUGCACGGUACUGACCCUGAAUUAUUGUUGAAAACUCUGCAGGACAAGACGGUAGCUUUCCAAAAGGAGCUCAGUUUCCUUAGGCAAGAAAACAAAGAUCUAAAAGACAAAUUAAAUUCUUUAGAAAAGUCACCUCUCUCUGAUACUAUUACCAGCAAUGGGACAGAUAGCAGCCUCCUUUCUCCUUCCACAGAAGGUGCAAAUUUUGGGAUUAAGGCUAAGAGUCUGUUCGUCGAUGGAUCUGAGAGCUGUCACUUUCCUGGAGGAGAAAGUGGUUUUCACAUUUCAGGUUCUUCAAGUAGUGAUGUCACAAAAGCAUCUUUAUCACCUGAUUCAGAUUUUGAGCAUAUAGCCGACGUCCCUUCUAGACCUGGUUCCUCAGGAAGCAUUCCAUGCCAGGGCUCUAAAUGUUCAACCAGUGGUAGUUCCCCAAAUAAUAUAAGUGACCUUUCUGUAGCAUCAUUGACUGAAAAGAUACACAAAAUGGAAGAAAAUCAGCAUAGUACUGCAGAAGAACUUCAGGCUACACUACAAGAACUAUCUGAUCAGAAUCUCAUGGUGCAAGAACUUACGAUGGAAAGUGAGAAACUAGUGGAAGAGAAAGCUUUUCUGGAGAGUUCCCUACAGCAACAAAGACAGAGAGCAGAACAGCUCAGUCAGGAAAAUGAGAAACUAAUGGCUCUGUUACAAGAAAGGUCAAAGACAGAAGAAGCACAAGUUCCGAGUAAGUUAGCUGAGAUGGAGAAGAAAUAUACAGAACUCGUUGAACAGUCUCAGCUUGAAAGAGAAAAGCUGAUCAACAUUCAGCAGCAAUUAACAAGUAGCCUGAGAAGCCUUGAGAAAGAGCACCAAGAGGCUCAGGUGAUGAUUAGACGACUGAAAGAAGAAAUCACUAAACUACAAAAUUUGUUGGACAGUCAGAGAAAAGAGAAAUGUAAUGCAUCAAUGGCUGUGGAGGACCAAAAAGUCAUAAUUGAGGGUCUCAAAAUUGAAAUGAACGGUUUGAAAGCUCAGCUAGAUGGAGAGAAGCAGAAAGUACCUGAAAUCACAACAGUAGCAACAAACAAUCCAGAGAACUUGACAGCUCAAGAGGUGCUGAAAUCUGCCCAUGUGGACAAAGAGGAUCUAGAGCUAACAUGCUUAGAACUUCGACAAGAGCUCUUGAAGGCCAACAGUGAAGUAAAACAGCUUCAAUGUCUUCUGGCAAAGGUGGAAACUGAGUGCCAUGACCUGAAGGAACUGGGUGACCAGAGGGAAGAGCAGUUGAAAUCUGCAAACCUGAAGCUACUGGAGAAGAGCACUGAGAGAGAGUCAGAGAUAAAAGACAUGAAGGACACUAUAUUUGAACUGGAGGACCAAGUAGAGCAACAUCGUGCUGUGAAACUACAUAACAACCAGCUCAUCAGUGACCUGGAAAAUAAAGUGGAUAAGAUGGAGGAACAAAAACAAGAUCUGGAAAGGCAACUGAAGCUUCUCACAAAACAAAUGAAGGAGGAUGCUGAAGAAUGGAAGCGCUUCCAAGCAGACCUGCAGACAGCGGUGGUGGUGGCGAAUGACAUUAAAUGUGAAGCUCAGCAAGAGCUGCGUGCUGUGAAAAGGAGGUUACAGGAAGAGGAAGAAAGGAAUGCCCAUCUUCACCGGGAGCUGGAAGACAUGCGAGGGAGCAGAAAGUUAUUGGGUGAAGACCAAGUGGAUGGAGUUAAUGGUAUCAGAUGGCAGAGCUAUGGUAUGGGUCAAGUGUCAACGACUUCCAAUGACAAUUCUGCUACAGUCAAGUCCUUAAUUAAAUCAUUUGAUGUGGGUCCCCAAGGUGGUGGAAGUCAGAAUAUCUCAGUGCAUUCUGUCCCCCGCAGUCCACUGAGUGGGAUUCCUGUGAGGACAGCUCCGGCGGCAGCGGUAUCACCUAUGCAGAGACUCUCGGCCUCCAGCAUCGCAAAGCUUUCCAGCAAAGACACCGAGAAGCAAUUAGAUUUUUCAGACAAACUAAAAGGACAAAGAGAGGACCUAACUCCAGAUCGGAUCCCCCGUAAGAGCCCCUCUCUGGAAUCACUUAAUACUCACACAUCAUUAGGUUUUGGAUCAAGAAAUUCUUCACCCUUUUCAUUGGAUUCUCUGUCGCCUCAGAGUAAACUCAGUGUGGAAAGAAAAGACCCGUUAGCUGCCUUAGCCAGAGAAUACGGAGGCUCCAAAAGGAAUGCUUUGCUGAAAUGGUGCCAAAAGAAAACAGAGGGUUAUUCGAAUAUCGAUAUAACUAACUUCAGUAGCAGUUGGAGCGAUGGCCUGGCGUUCUGUGCCCUGCUUCACACCUAUCUGCCAGCUCAUAUACCAUACCAUGAGCUCAUCAGCCAAGACAAGAAGAGAAAUCUAAUGUUAGCGUUUCAAGCGGCUGAAAGCAUAGGAAUUAAAGCCAGUUUGGAGCUCAAUGAGUUGAUGUUCACAGAUCGUCCAGACUGGCAGAGUGUGAUGCAUUACGUUUCUCAGAUCUACAAGUACUUUGAGACAUAAAGGAUGGCUGCGAAUGAGAAGACUGCUACGGAAGAAGCACACAUUCACUUUAUUGAUCAGGUCUAUCUUGAUAAGAGCAGAACUUCACACUUGUACCAUCAAUGUGUGGAGGCAACUUGCACGUUGAGUUCUUGGAUCCUGGUGGUGACUCUAUGACGUAUAACAUCUCAGACCUUACAUUAUCAUGUGAGGGGAUUGUAAUGCUGCCCUUGGUAUACCUUACCACCUCAAUCAUCAGUCUCUGGCAUGGAUACACCGACACAGAAUGCCUACAAUAUGGCGACCAUGAUCCUUGUGAAAAUCAACACCUUACAUUUCUGAGGUUCCUGAUCCAACGGGUUCAAGCUUUGGGGAAGCUUCAGCAAUAGCAAUGAUGGACAUUAUUUUCUGCAGGUCACAGAAAAAAAUGAGUCUGCAUUACAAGGAAUUGUGAAGGUUUGCCAUGUACACACUACUAGACAGAUUGCUUAUGUCUAUUUCAAAGGAUAGAAAGAUUUUGGAUAUUUUUUGAAGAUUUGAGUAUGUAGGUGAAUUGACUUAUUACAGAUAGGACACUUCUUAAAUAACGGUCACCUGGUCUGUCUUGCAUGAGAUGCACACGUUCAUACUGUACAAGAUAAUCUCUGAUCCAGUCUUAAGUGCCAUGCUUUACAUUUCCUAAUGUAUUAACCUGUUUACUACCAGCAGUCACAGCAGCAGAUGCAAUAGAGUUUACUUUCUUGAAUAACAUAUGCAAUUCCCAUAAAGUAAAGGCUCAGUCACUGUCCUUUACAUAACCGGUGCACCAUAGGCCUAAGUCUGUGGUGAUAUAUCCCACAUUGGUACCUGUUGGUGGUAAUGGACUAUUGUAACUGAGAGGAUGGUUAUCCCUGAAAUAAAAUGCAACUAAUAUUAAAUAUU